AUGUCGAUUAUGUGGGCAGACAAAUAUAAACCUGACACUUUUCAAAAUCUCAACUAUCAUGAAGACAUUUCGAAAAGAUUAAAAACUUUGGCUUCAUCGGAUGAUUUUCCACAUUUACUCGUAUACGGACCCUCAGGUGCAGGUAAAAAGACGCGUAUUGCUUGUACUUUACGAGAAUUAUUUGGUGAUGGUGUUCUAAGGAUUAAAUCAGAUCAACAAACUGUUAUUCCGCCUUCAAAUAAGAAAUUUGAAGUUAACAUAAUAGCAAGUAAUUAUCAUAUUGAAAUAUCACCUAGUGAUGUUGGAAUUCAUGAUCGAAUAGUUAUUCAACAGCUAAUCAAAGAUAUUGCACAGACUCAACAAAUUGAUGCAAGCGCUAGGCAUAAGUUCAAGGUUGUCAUAAUUGAUGAAGCAGAAUCUCUUACUCGUGAAGCACAAGCAGCAUUACGUCGAACAAUGGAAAAAUAUAUGACAAAUCUUAGAAUAAUUCUUUGCUGUAAUACAAUAAGUCGAAUCAUUGAACCUAUUAGAAGUAGAUGUUUAUUAAUUAGAGUACCUGCACCUACUAUUGAUGAGAUUACUAGCAUACUUUUCAAGAUUGCUCGUGAAGAAAGAGUAAAUCUACCUAAUAGAAUUGCAAGAAAUAUAGCGGAAAGUUCAAACAGAAAUUUACGAAAAGCAAUUUUAACUUUUGAGACUAUGCAUUCAAUGAAUGAGAAUUUAAAUAAUAAUGAUGAGAUUAUAACCACUGAUUGGGAACGAUAUAUCAAAGAUAUGAGUGAAAGAUUGGUUAAAAAUAGUUCAAAGCCUGAAGAAUUAAAAAGAUUAAGAAAUGAUUUUUAUGAUUUAAUAAAUCAUCGUAUUCCUCCCGCAACUAUUUUAAAGAGAAUGCUAGGACUUUUGAUAGCACUAGCGGUGGCAAAAACAGCAAUAUCAGUAGCAUCAAGUGAAAAAGGAAGUUAA